AUGCAGCUCGAGCAUUGCGUCUCACCAGCACUCGUGCUCUCCAAGAAAUGUAUGAAUGUGGGCAGUGGCUACCCAAACUCGGAGGGAUCUGGGCUCGCUUUGCGCGAUCAUCCUAUUAUAUCUAGCAGUGACAACCUGGAGAGAAGUUCACCUCUGAAAAAAAAUUCCAGUGGGAUGACGAAUCAGUCAGAGGCAGACAAUUUUCCCGACUCUAAGGACGCAUCAGGGGACGUCCAGAGAGGAAAACUCUCUCCUGAUCUUGAAGGAGUCUCUGAUAUUCGUCACAAUUUCGAUGGAUCUGCUGGAGAUAGGUAUCUCCUUUCACAGUCAAGCCAAACUCAGUCAGUUUCAGCAAGUCCGAGUGCCAUGUUUCCGUAUCCGAGUCAACAUGGACCAACGCAUCCAGCCUUUUCUAUUGGAAGUCCGAGUCGUUACAUGACCCAUCACCCUGUCAUAACGAAUGGAGCCUACAACAGUCUGCUGACCAACACCUCUCCGCAAGGCUACCCGACUGCCGGCUAUCCUUACGCGCAACAGUAUGGACACGCUUACCAAGGAACGGCAUUUUAUCAGUUUUCCUCAGCUCAAGCCGGUCUUGUACCCGGCAAAGCCCAAGUCUAUCUUUGCAACAGGGCUUUAUGGCUUAAAUUUCAUAGACAUCAAACAGAAAUGAUCAUAACUAAACAGGGACGACGCAUGUUCCCGUUUCUAAGCUUCAACAUAUCCGGCCUGGAUCCUACAGCUCAUUACAACAUUUUUGUGGAUGUGAUUCUGGCUGAUCCCAAUCACUGGCGAUUUCAAGGGGGGAAAUGGGUUCCGUGUGGUAAAGCGGAUACAAACGUGACAGGAAACAGAGUGUACAUGCACCCAGAUUCGCCAAACACCGGCGCGCACUGGAUGCGUCAAGAGAUAUCUUUUGGAAAACUAAAAUUAACGAACAAUAAAGGAGCAUCAAACAACACCGGACAGAUGGUGGUCCUUCAGUCUCUUCAUAAGUACCAGCCCCGACUGCACGUGGUGCAGGUAAACGAGGAUGGGACCGAAGACCCGAGCCAACCAGGGCGCGUGCAAACUUUUACCUUUCCAGAGACCCAGUUCAUCGCAGUCACAGCUUACCAAAAUACCGACAUCACACAGCUAAAAAUUGAUCACAAUCCAUUUGCAAAGGGAUUUCGGGACAAUUAUGACACUGUCUAUACAGGUUGCGACAUAGACCGGUUGACGCCGUCCCCGGGUGACUCGCCUCGCUCCCAGAUCGUGCCUGGUGCGAGAUAUGCCAUGGCGGGUUCUUUCCUGCAGGACCAAUUUGUCAGCUCAUAUGCCAAAUCUCGCUUUCACCCUGGCGUCGGGACCGGUCCUGGCACGGACCGCAGCGUCCCACUCAGUAACAGCUUGCUAUCACCGCAACAAACCGAGGAGACCGCAGUGGCCUCCCCGCAGCGAUGGUUUGUCACCCCUGCCAACAACCGACUGGACUUUGCCGCCUCGGCAUACGAUGCCGCCGCGGCUGCUGAUUUUGCCGGUAACGCGGCCACCCUUCUGUCGUACGCAGCUGCUGGAGUUAAGGCGCUUCCCUUGCCCACUGCAGGCUGCUCCAACAGACCCUUGGGUUAUUACGGAGAGCCACCGGGAUGGGGCACGCGCACCUCACCGCAAUACUGCAGCAAAUCCAGCACAGUUCUCGCGUGCUGGCCAUCCAACUCUGUCGGAAGCAGAACGACCACUUCUAAUUACCUGGCCGGAAUGGAAGACGGGGACCCUAUCGCACCUGAGAGGUCACCUCUCGGUGGCGCCGAAGAAGGCAAGCCAAAAGACCUCUCGGAAUCCAGCUGGAUAGAAACCCCAUCGUCUAUUAAGUCUAUUGAUUCAAGCGAUUCUGGGAUUUUUGAGCAAGCCAAACGGAGGAGGAUUUCACCAUCUGCCACACCGGUUUCAGAGACGUCCUCUCCAUUAAAAUCUGAAAUGUUAACGCCCCGGGAGUGCGAGAAAAACUGUUCCAAGGACAUUGGCUACUACAGUUUUUAUUCACACAGUUAG